CGACCAUCGUGCGGCCUGGACGUGUUUUCGUCGUGUGAAAUACAAAACAAAAUAUAUAUAAGAUAUUUUGGUGGUGGCGAAAAUGCUUGCAACGCAACACUUGUGGCAUGCCUUAUGCCUGGCAGCUUUCAUUCAUUGUGGAUUAGCGCAUGCGAAGGGCGCACACAAGGUACACUGCUCCGAGGAUCAGAUGCGCGUCGAGAUUGGCUUGCCAGCGGAGACGAAUGCCAGCGCUGCGGCGGAUCGUACGCAGAUCUACUUGGAGGGUCUCAAGGGCUAUCCGGAUGUGCGCUGUCAGCCCGAAAUCAAUGGCGCUUUGGCCGUCUUUCGUCUAUCGCUUAGCGACUUUUACGAGUGCGGCGUGACGCGAAUGGUCAAUCAGUUAACGGGCAAAAAGGUGUAUUACCAUAAAAUCAUCAUUGAAUCGGCCAGCAGCAAGGAGAUUGUCAGCGUCAAGUGCAUUACCACAAGCGGUCCGGUUUACAAUGUCAUGAUGAAUGGCACCAACGCCGCACGGGAACAGACGCAAGUGGUGCUCCAGGAGCAGCAGCAGCCGCAGCCAUCUUCGCAUCAUGGUCUGGUCAGACGUGAUGUGCUGCCGGCGGGCUUUCAGGAACCAGAAGAUCUGGAGAUAACCACCUCGUUGACAAAACGCGCACCGGAGCCGCGUCUCUCGAUUGGCGUUAGCCAGGAUGGACAGAAGUUUACUCAAGACUUGACUGUUAAGUCGGGCACACCACUGACCAUGGAAAUCAACUUGGAUGAGGACUCGGCGCCGGUUUAUGGCUUGGGCGUCAAUUAUUUGGAUGUUACAGACACGCACACCUCCUCCGAGACGCUGAUCUUCAAGGGCUGCACUGUGGAUCCCUAUCUCUUUGAGAACUUCAACACCAUCGAUGGCGAUAUAUUGAGCGCCAAGUUCAAGGCCUUCAAGUUCCCCGACUCCUCGUAUGUGCAGUUCCGUGCCACGGUCAAUGUUUGCCUGGAUAAGUGCCUGGGCACCCAGUGCUCCAACAAUCAGGUGGGCUUUGGCCGACGCAAGCGUGAGAUUAGCACUGCGAAUAAGGUCUAUGAGAUCUCAUUGGCCAUGUUCCUGCAAGUCAAUGACAUGGAGGGCUUUAACAAGAAUGAGGUGCUGCAGCUGGAGGAGAAGCUGCGCGAACUGAAGUUGGCUAAUCAGCGUUUGGCGCGCAAUAGUCGGGGCAACUUUGCAGAGCUGAGCCGCAGCAUGGAGCAAACGCCCGCCAGCAGCGCAGUGCCUGCCUUUGUUGUGGAUGAGCGAGAGCUGGGACAGCUUAGCUCGGCCGCUGUACAGCCUGUCAUGUUUAGCCUUUGGGCGUUGGUCGUUGCGCUGUGUUGGCGCCUCAUGUAAAUAGUCGCGAGAAUCAGUAUGGCAAAUUGUAUAUCUCAAAAUGGAGGGCGUUCUGGUUGUUAAUCAGGUUCAAGCUGCGUGUGUGUAUGGCAAUAAUAAUAAUAAUUAAAAAAACAAAAACAAAA